GACAUCGCCAACAUCUUCCAUGCUUAGAUGUCUCAAUAAUCUGACCGCCGAGUAUAACUACGCGCCAUCCGCCCUCCUUCCAGACUGAUAGAUCGACAAGCCCAGGCAUAGAUCUACUGCAACUUCAUCACCAAUACCAAAUAUCAAGAUGUGGCCCUCUCCCAAAGCUGCCUACCUCCUCCUGUUGGCCCGCUCGGCUCUUGUCGGCGCGUCCCCUAUCGAGCUUGAGGAGCGUCAGUCAUGCCCUUCCAUCCAUGUCUUCGGUGCCCGUGAGACCACGGUCUCUCCGGGUUUCGGUACCGCCGGUGUCGUGGUCAACCUCAUCCUCCAGGCCUAUCCCGGCGCCACCUCCGAGGCCAUCACCUACCCAGCGUGCGGUGGUCAGUCCUCUUGCGGCGGCAUCCAGUACGGUGAUUCGGCCAGACAGGGCACCAACGCCGUCGCCACGGCUGUCAACAACCUCAACGCUCGCUGCCCCAACACCCAGAUCGUUCUUGUUGGAUAUUCUCAGGGUGGUCAAAUCAUGGACAAUGCCGUCUGCGGUGGUCCCGAUACCGGUUCCGGCAUCACCUCCAGCACCCCUGGCAUCAACGCCAGCGCCCUUAACCAGGUCAAGGCUGUCAUCAUGAUGGGCAACCCCCGUUACCGCGCUGGCCUGUCCUACAACGUUGGAACCUGCACCGCUUAUGGCUUCGCCUCCCGUCCUGCCGGCUACACCUGCGCCUCGGCCUCCAAGCUCCAGAACUACUGCGACUCGCCCGACCCGUACUGCUGCACGGGCAGCGACCAAGCCACUCACCAGGGCUACGGCACCAAGUACGGCCAGCAGGCCCUCGCUUUCGUCAAGUCCAAGCUCAGCAGCAGCGGUGGCGGCGGUGGAAGUACUCCUACCAACCCUACCAACCCUUCUACUCCUACCACCCCCAGCACAGGGAACUGCGCGGCCAAGUGGGGCCAGUGCGGUGGACAGGGCUGGACGGGCGCGACUUGCUGCCAGUCUGGGUCGACUUGCCAGGCUGCUAACCAGUGGUACUCGCAGUGCCUUUAGGUCAAGGGUGCGUGGGUGAGGGGAUAGGUGGUGGUGAUAAUGACCAGGGAUCUAAAGACUGCCUGGCUUUGGGUAGUGUGAAGGGUUCCAUGGGUCGAAAACUUCUUUGU